CUUGGUUUCGAAAGUUGAACAACGUUGCUGCUAUUCGAAGUAAUUCAUUUAGCGAUUUUUCCACUUAGAAAGUUGAAACGAUUAACGUGAUCGUACAGUGUGUUGAUUGUGUAAUAUCCACAGGUACGCGCAGUUCGACAAGCGGGAGCGUCCAAGGCCGCCGCCGUCCUCAGAAGCAGGAAAAAUGUCUCGCGGUUCCAACCCCGGCUUCGACAGACACAUCACCAUCUUUUCGCCCGAUGGUCGCCUCUACCAAGUCGAAUAUGCAUUCAAAGCCAUCACCCAGAGUGGUUUAACUACGGUUGGAGUCCGGGGUGAAGACUGUGCUGUGGUGGUCACACAGAAAAAAGUACCGGACAAGCUGCUGGACGCGUCCACCAUGACCAACAUGUUCAAGCUGACCGCGCGCAUCGGCUGUGUGAUGACGGGCCACGGCGCGGACAGCCGUUCCCAGGUGCACCGCGCCCGCGUGGAGGCAGGGGAGUGGAAGUACAAGUUUGGCUACGAGAUCAACGCCGACGUCCUGUGUCGACGCAUGGCUGACAUCUGCCAGGUGUACACGCAGAACGCCGAGAUGAGGCCCCUGGGAUGCUGCAUGAUGCUGGUGUCCAUGGACCCCCAGCAAGGCCCGGUGCUGUACAAGGUGGACCCGGCGGGCUACUACUGUGGUUUCAGGGGCAUCGCGGUGGGGCCCAAGCACGUGGAGGCCAACGGCUACCUGGAGAAGAAGCUGAAGAAGAAGCCCCAGCUGAGCCAAGACAGAACCAUUCAGCUGUGUAUCUCCUGCCUGUCCUCUGUCCUCUCCACUGACUUCAAGGCCACUGACUUGGAGGUGGGCCUGGUCAGCAAAGAACACAUUAAGUUCAGGACCCUGUCUGAGUCUGAGAUCGAGACUCACCUGGUGGCCAUAGCGGAGCGGGAGUAGACCGCAGCACAGCAGGACCUCUGGGACGCCACUCUAGCUAUAGGUCGUUUCAUAUCGUGUGCUCCAUCUAGACCCCCUCACAGUUUCCUUCAUGCCUUCAUCCCAGGGGGACCUUCAACCAUACAUACAUCAUUGCUGAAUAAAGUUUGUAAUGAAAUA